AUGAAAAAUUACUACAUCCAGCCGUUGAUCUGCAGCUUCCGUGGUUCUCUAGCCCAUGGCCUGAUUCUCGAGGUUGGAGAAACUGUUCAGAUCCUGGAGAAGUGUGAAGGAUGGUUUCGAGGAUUCUCCAUCAGGAAACCGAAUGUCAAGGGCAUCUUCCCAGCUAGCUUUGUGUAUCUGCGCAAGGCUGUUGUCACCAAUCGAGGGCAGUAUGAGACAGUGUUGCCUCUCGAAGAUCCCAUCGUGACCGAAGUCACCUCCACUCUACAGGAAUGGGCCGUACUCUGGAAGCAGCUCUACGUGAAGCACAAAGUGGACCUCUUCUAUAAGCUGCGUCACGUGAUGAACGAGCUGAUCGACCUGCGGCGGCAGAUGCUAUCCGGUCACCUGACCCAGGAUCAGAUUCGCGAAGUCAAGCGCCAUAUCACCAUACGUCUCGACUGGGGCAAUGAACACUUAGGUCUGGAUCUCGUACCAAGGAAGGACUUUGAAAUGGUGGAUGCAGACCAGAUUAGUGUCACUGAUCUCUACAAAAUGCAUCUGUCCAGCAGACACAGUGUCCAGCAAAGCACAUCGCAGGGGGACAGCAUCCGCCAACGUCAUGGGGAUGCAUGUCGGGUUCCCGUCCCUCACCACCUGUUUGUCAAUCUCAAAAGCUUUACCUACAACACCAUAGGAGAAGACACAGACAUUUUCUUCUCCCUCUAUGACCUUCGGGAAGGCAAGCACAUCAGUGAGAAGUUCAUGGUGAGGCUCAACAAAAACGGAGGCCCAAAGAACCCGGAGAAAAUCGACCGGCUCUGCGCACUGUUUACGGACCUGAGUAAUAAGGAUAUGAAACGAGACCUAUACAUUGUUGCUCAGGUCAUCAGGACUGGGCGAAUGCUGCUGAAUGACUCGAAGAAGGGCCCUCCACACGUGCACUACCGACGCCCAUACGGAUGCGCUGUGCUCGCUAUGAGUGAUGUGCUGCACACCAUAUCUGAGCUCAAGGAGGAGAAGGACUUUGUGCUCAAAGUUUACACAUGUAACAACGAGAACGAGUGGUACCAGAUUCAUGAGAACAUCAUCCGCAAGUCCAGCACCAAAUACACUGCACCCAGCACCAACUAUGGUCUAAUCAUCUCCCUGCAGCUGCUCAGGGGAGAGACGGAACAGAUCCGUCGGGAGAAUCCUAUGAUCUUCAACCGCGGCGUCGCCAUCACACGUAAACUCGGUUUCCCUGAUGUCAUCAUGCCAGAAAUGAAGAUAGAUGAUUGUGAUAUCCGUAAUGAUUUGUACCUCACCUUGGAAAGAGGUGACUUUGAGAGAGGAGGGAAGAGCGUACAGAAGAACAUCGAGGUCACUGUGUAUGUGUUGUAUGCCGAUGGAGAGAUUCUUAAGGACUGCAUUAGCCUGGGCUCGGGAGAGCCGAAUAUCAGCGAACACCGUUCACUCGUCCUCUACCACAACAACAGCCCUCGCUGGAGUGAAGUGAUCAAGCUGCCCAUCCCCAUCGACCGCUUCAGAGGCUCCCAUCUGCGCUUCGAGUUCAGGCACUGUUCAACUAAAGACAAAGGCGAGAAGAAGCUCUUUGGUUUUGCUUUUACACCUUUAAUGAGAGAAGAUGGUACGACGCUGUCCGACGAGUGCCAUGAGCUCUAUGUGUACAAGUGUGAUGAAAACACAACCUUCAGCAACCACGCUCUGUAUCUGGGCCUACCCUGCUGUAAGGACGACUUCAACGGCUGCCCCAACAUUCCCUCCAGCCUCAUCUUCCAGCGUAGCACCAAGGAAACCCUGUGGAUCUCCACACAGCUCUCCUCCACCAAGCUCACACAGAAUGUGGACCUGCUGGCUCUGCUGAAAUGGAAAGCUCAACCUGAUCGCGUGAUGGACAUUCUGGGUCGACUGAGGCAUGUUAGCGGAGAGGAAAUAGUCAAAUUUCUUCAGGACAUCUUGGACACACUGUUCUCCAUUUUAGAUGACAACACAGACAAAUAUGGUCCUCUGGUGUUUCAGUCGCUGGUAUUCAUCAUCAAUCUGCUCCGGGACAGUAAAUACUACCACUUCCGCCCAGUGAUGGACACUUACAUCCAAAAACACUUUGCUGGAGCCCUGGCUUAUAAAGAGCUAAUACGCUGCCUGAAAUGGUAUAUGGACCGCUCAGCAGAGGUCGUCCGGCAGGACCACAUUCAAGAAGCAAUGAGGGCACUGGAGUAUUUGUUCAAGUUCAUAGUCCAGUCGCGGAUCCUGUACUCUCGGGCCACUUGUGGCAUGGAGGAGGAACAGUUUCGCACCAGCAUCCAGGAGCUUUUCCAGUCCAUCCGCUUCGUGCUGAGCUUAGACAGCCGCAGUUCAGAGACUCUCAUUUUCACUCAGGGUCCUCAGCUUCCUCUCGGGCAAACCAUCCCAAAUCAGGCCAACUGUAUGCAGCUCUUGAGCUGUAAUGCUCCACGGCCAGCUCCUCUAUCAGCAGCCCUGCUUAAUUCCUUCCCAGCCAUCUUUGAUGAGUUGUUGCAGAUGUUCACGGUACAGGAGGUGGCUGAGUUUGUGAGAGGAACCUUGGGGAGCAUGCCCAGUACUGUGCACAUUGGCCAAUCGAUGGAUGUUGUGAAGCUACAGUCCAUUGCUCGGACAGUAGACAGCAGGUUGUUCUCUUUUCCAGAGUCAAGGAGGAUUCUCCUACCUGUGGUCUUGCACCACAUCCAUCUUCAUCUGCGCCAACAAAAAGAACUGCUGAUUUGUUCAGGGAUCUUGAGCAGCAUCUUCUCCAUCAUUAAGGCCAGUUCGCUGGAGACCUCAGUGCAGGAGGAGGUGGAGAUGGUGGUGGAGAGCUUGCUGGAUGUUCUGUUGCAGACGCUUCUCGCAAUCAUGAGCAAGUCACAAGCUCAGGAGGCGGUAAGAGGCCAGCGCUGCCCACAGUGCACGGCCGAGAUCACUGGUGAAUACGUGUCCUGCCUGCUGUCCCUCCUGCGGCAAAUGACAGACAUCCACUUUCAGCACCUCCUGGACAACUUCCAGAGCAAAGAGGAGUUAAAGGAGUUCUUGCUGAAGAUAUUCUGUGUUUUCCGCAACUUGAUGAAGCUCAGCAUUUUCCCCAGAGACUGGAAUGUGAUGCGGCUCCUAACCAGCAACAUCAUUGUAACCACAGUGCAGUAUCUCUCUCCUGCUCUGCACAAGAACUUCACGGAUGCUGACUUUGACUUUAAGGUUUGGAACUCGUACUUCAGUCUGGCAGUACUGUACAUCAACCAGCCCAGUCUGCAACUGGAGACCUUAACCCCAUCCAAGAGGAAGAAGAUUCUAGAUAAGUAUGGUGAUAUGAGAGUUAUGAUGGCCUAUGAGCUAUUCAGCAUGUGGCAAAACCUUGGUGAAAAUAAGAUCCACUUUAUCCCAGGAAUGAUCGGACCCUUCCUGGGGGUGACCCUGGUGCCUCAAAGUGAGGUCAGGAACAUCAUGAUUCCCAUCUUCCAUGACAUGAUGGACUGGGAACAGCGCAAGAAUGGUAACUUCAAACAGGUGGAGGCAGAGCUCAUAGACAAGCUGGACAGUCUAGUUUCUGAGGGGAAAGGAGACGAGAACUACAGAGAGCUUUUUGGAUUGCUUACUCAGCUUUUUGGGCCCUAUCCCAGUCUUCUGGAAAAGAUCGAGCAAGAGACGUGGCGUGAGACAGGCAUCUCUUUCGUCACCUCUGUCACUCGCCUUAUGGAGAGGCUACUGGAUUACAGGGAUUGCAUGAAGGGAGACGAAACGGAGAACAAGAAGAUCGGCUGCACCGUCAACUUGCUAAACUUCUAUAAGUCUGAGAUCAAUAAGGAGGAGAUGUACAUCCGCUACAUUCACAAGCUGUGUGACAUGCACCUGCAGGCUGAGAACUACACGGAGGCAGCGUUCACUCUGCUCCUGUACUGGGAACUGCUGCAGUGGGAGGAUCGACCCCUGAGGGAGUUUCUGCACUACCCAGCUCAGAGCGAGUGGCAUCGCAAAGAGGAUCUCUGCCGCAAGGUCAUCCACUACUUCAACAAGGGCAAGUGCUGGGAGUACGGGAUUCCUUUUUGCCGAGAGCUCGCCUUACAGUACGAAUCCUUAUAUGACUACCAAAGCCUCAGCUGGAUACGGAAAAUGGAAGCAGCCUACUACGACAACAUUAUGGAGCAGCAGAGAUUAGAGCCCGAGUUCUUCAGGGUGGGCUUUUACGGUCGAAAAUUUCCUUUCUUCCUCAGGAAUAAGGAGUUUGUUUGCCGUGGGCAUGACUAUGAAAGACUUGAAGCCUUCCAGCAGAGGAUGCUGGGAGAAUUCCCACAAGCAAUUGCCAUGCAACAUCCCAACCAACCAGAUGAGGCCAUUUUGCAGUGUGAUGCCCAGUACUUGCAGAUCUAUGCUGUGUCUCCAGUUCCGGAAAACGUAGAAGUACUUCACAUGGACCGUGUGCCUGAUCGAAUUAAAAGCUUCUACCGAGUGAACAACGUGCGCCGCUUUCGCUACGACCGGCCCUUCCAUAAAGGACCCAAAGACAAGGACAAUGAGUUCAAGAGUCUCUGGAUCGAGAGGACCACGCUUAUCCUCACACAUCCCCUGCCGGGGAUCUCUCGCUGGUUUGAGGUGGAGAAGAGAGAGCUGGUUGAAGUGAGUCCACUGGAAAACGCCAUCUCGGUGGUGGAGAAUAAGAACCAGGAGCUGCGCAUGUUAAUCAGCCAGUACCAGCACAAGCAGCUGCACGGCAACAUUAACCUGCUUAGCAUGUGUCUGAAUGGAGUGAUUGAUGCAGCUGUCAACGGAGGCAUUGCUCGCUACCAGGAGGCAUUCUUUGACAAAGAAUACAUCUCCACUCACCCGGAAGACGCAGAAAAAAUCACUCAGCUCAAAGAGCUCAUGCAAGAACAGGUCCACGUCCUGGGUGUAGGGCUUGCGGUCCAUGAGAAACUGGUGCACCCAGAAAUGCGUCCCCUGCACAAGAAGCUGAUCGAUCAGUUCCAGAUGAUGAGGAGCAGCCUGUGCCAUUGCAGUGUGUUUGUAUGUGUUGUGCAGGGUCUACCAGGCCUGGAUAGACUGAGUGCAGCCUGCUCUGGACCCAGCAACCCACGAGCCAUCCUCCCGUCCCAUAACCCUAUGAGCCCAGACAGCAUCAAACUCAUGCACAGACACAGCCAGUCUCUGUCUCAUGCCGUGCGUCACUCCUCGUCUUCCCUCUCCUCCAGUGAGACAGGGAACCUGCUUAUCCUCACUGACGGAGUGCUCAUGGAGCAUCCUGAAGAGCUCUACCGCAUGCAGCCCAGUCCCUCGACGUCCAGCCUGAACUCUACUCACUCUGCUCCUCCUCAGAUGAUCAACUCAGGCCCUGGUAGCAUUCGAGUCGGAUCUCCAUCACUGCCCGAUCGAUACAGGCACAACCGCGAGAUGCUGAUGCUCCUGCCAGCGCAUCGAGAUCGGCCCAGCAGCGCCAUGUACCCCAACCUCAGUGAGAAUGGACAGCCAACCAACCUGCAGAGGGCCUUGUUUCAUCAGGUGAUCGGUCCAUGCAAGCCAUUCAGCGACCCCAAUCUCUCUGUGGCUGAAAAAGUGUUGACUGCUCCAAGCAGCUGGAGCCUGGACAGUGGCACAAGAGACGCGCUUCCUUUCCUGUCGACCCAUGUUGGGAGUGUGAUGGCUCCACCGGUGCCCCCUCGCAAUUUUCCUCCUGGGCACUUCUCGAUGCACUUUGAUGCUUUCCAGCAGCAGAUUGGUGAGCUCCCCCCAGCUCUCCCUGCACGCUCCUUAAGAAAGUCACCUCUUCAUCCCAUACCCGCCUCACCCACAAGUCCUCAAUCGGCUCUUGAUGGCAGUAACUCCACACUGUCGGGCAGUGCCAGCAGUGGCGUCUCAUCCCUAAGCGAGAGCAACUUCUGCCCUUCCUCAUCAGAUGCUCCGGCGCUGGACUCGACGCCCAGCUGCCAGACGUGGACCACAGACACAGACGAGGCAGAGACACCCAGCACCGUCCGCUACAGCGUUUCUGAGCCUGAUGUCCUGGAUAGCCUAAAGCCAGCCCCCUGCCGUAGCCACUCGGCACCUGUGGGCGUCAUGCCAUUGCUGCCUCCAGACGGGCACCACCAUAUCCACGCUGGUCAUGGUGGCCAUUACCACCUCCAUCAGCAUGAACCACCUCCAGCUCUUCCCCCCAAACCAUACCUGAGAGAAGGCUGCAUCCCAGAGGAGGAUUUGAGACCUGUGCCGAGACCAAUGCCACGCAAGAUCUCCCAACCACUGCUCACCAACAAGGAAGAGCAGGCCAAAGUGGCAUGGGAGCAUGGCAUCAGUGAGGAGUAGAGG